UGACCCUCCGGGCGCUCUGGGAGGCCGGCCCCGCGCGCGCGCGCGCGCGCUCUCGCGCGCCCCCGCUCCCCGGCGCUGAGGAAAACGUUGCGCAGGUUCAAAAAUGGAACGUCGGCGGCGUGAGGGAGCGCUGGGGGGUGUGCGCGCGUGCGCGUGCGCGCCCCGCCGAGCCUGACGGGGUCCCCGCCGGCCCGAGCCUCGCGCGCAGCAGCCGCGGACCCGCUGCUCCACCCCCGGCCCGGCCCGACCCCGGGCCCACUCGCCCGCCGCCCCGCAUGGAGCUGUCAGCCAUAGGCGAGCAGGUGUUCGCGGUGGAGAGCAUCCGGAAGAAGCGCGUGCGGAAGGGCAAAGUCGAAUAUCUGGUGAAGUGGAAAGGAUGGCCCCCCAAGUACAGCACGUGGGAGCCAGAGGAGCACAUCCUGGACCCCCGCCUUGUCAUGGCCUACGAGGAAAAGGAGGAGAGAGACCGAGCAUCAGGGUAUAGGAAGAGAGGUCCGAAACCCAAGCGGCUUCUGCUGCAGCAGCUGUACAGCAUGGACCUGCGGAGCUCCCACAAAGCCAAGGGCAAGGAGAAGCUCUGCUUCUCUCUGAUGCGCCCACUCGGCAGCGGGAGCCCUGAGGGGGUGGUCAAGGCGGGGGCAGCUGAGCUGGUGGACAAGGGCCCCUUGGUGCCCACCCUGCCCUUCCCGCUCCGCAAGCCACGCAAGGCCCACAAGUACCUGCGGCUCUCAUGCAAGAAGUUCCCGCCACGCGGGCCCCACCUGGAGAGUCACAGCCAUCGACGGGAGCUCUCCCUGCAGGAGCCACCAGCCCCAGAUGUCCUGCAGGCCGCCGGCGACUGGGAGCCUGUGGAGCAGUCCCCUGAGGAAGAGGAAGCAGACCUGGCCGGUGGGCCCCCUCCCUGGACACCCAUGCUCCCUUCAAGUGAAGUUACCGUGACCGACAUCACCGCCAACUCCAUCACCGUCACCUUCCGCGAGGCUCAGGCCGCCGAGGGCUUCUUCCGAGACCGCAGUGGGAAACUGUGAACAGCGGCUUCCCCUCUUAAACUGUGUUCCGUGGGGCUUGGGUGAGGAAUUCCAGAGACAGGAGGGGCUGGGAGCAGGGUAAAUAUUCUAUUUUUCAGAAAGCAGAAGCAUGGGAAUACCCUAGCACCCUGCCCUUGCUCCAUGAGAGUUGUUUACAGAGUGGCCUCUGGGGCAGGAUGGGAAGGCCAGUGUUGUUUGGGUCUCAUCUCCAGGGCAGAUGGGGACGGGCUACCCUGCCCAGUACGCCUCUGUCGUUAUCUUUCAGAGGCCGAUCCUAGGAGUCGGAGGAGCCCAGGAGGUCCAGACCUUGCCUCGAGCAGUCACCCCAGCUUUCGGGUGGUGUCCCUUCCCUGCUCCCUGACUUGGGUCUUUCACUAUGAACUCUCCACUCCAGCCUUGUGGUGGGACAUGGAGGCUGGCUUUGGCCAGCAGGGACAGGAUCAGGACAACCGGCAUGCCCUGGACCAGGGAAGAGGCUGCUCACCAGGCCUCCUCUGCGUGUGCCGUCUCCCCUUCACUGGCAUGUGUAGAGAUGCCUGUGAGCACGCCCAGCCACCCCAGUAUGCACAUGCGGCCUGUGCCUGUGUUCACACCCGCCCCAUCUGUAUAGACCUGUCCACGUGGACCUUGCACACCUUUAGAAACUGACCAGGUGAACAUGGCGUAACUCACAGCACAAGUGAACUUGCCACGGCACCCUCACUCCACCUUGCACGCAUGUCAUGUGACAGGAUUGGUCUCUUGGUUUGCAGCUGUCAGCAAACAGCUGGGAUCUGGCCUGGCCUGGGCCUGGUGGCAGCUGAUCUCCAAGCCAUAGAUAGGACCAGGCUUCAGGUGUACGAGGUACAGACGCUUCCGCACAGGCUCACAGACACUUGGCCCUUACUUCCUCCCACAGGAGUUCACAUUCUUUCUGACUCAGGUGACUUUCCAGCCUCCCACCCCUCCUUUCUCUACCUUCUCCUGCAGCUCAGCCCAUCUGGGCACCCAUGGGUGCCGGUGGGUGUGGGCAGUCAGGGAGGGAGUGUCCCACCACUUUCUCAGGGCAGUCCUUGUCUUCUGUGUUCCCUCCCCACCCAACCUGAAUGGCACAGCUAAGGAUGACCCCUCAUGCCUGUGGGGAUUGAACUCUGAUGUAUGGUGAGUCAGCCUCCACAAGCCUGUGGUCCUGGAGAGGGGCGCAGCUUUCUAGUUUGCACUGGUGUCCUAUAGACCGACACCUUCCUUCCUGAGGAGGGCCACCUCCCUUGUCAAGGACGCAUUGCUCUCUCACCCCCUGCCAUCGUAGGAACCUGUGUGGCUGGGUCGCAGCAGCCCCCAGUUCUGCUGUGUCUUUAGGAGGGCAGUGGAGUCUGCCUGAACAAGGGUCUCCCAUUCCCAAACCAAAGAGCCUGUACCCGUGUCUGUUUGGGGUUCUGUCCUCAAGCUUCUCCAGUCCCUGGCUUCCCCCUCUUCCUAAUUCUCAGCUGUCCAGGGUUAACUCAGUGCUUCCAUGUGGGGCCAGUCUGCUGUGGGUGACCUGCUUCACCUCCAUCCUGGGAUCUGAACCUAGAGGAUGUCAGGGUGGGCCGGAGAGGGGAGAGACAAAGAGGACCCUCACCCAGUGGGCAGUAGAAGCCUGGGAGUGGAGGAAGCUUGGGUUUGUUCUGGAGGCCCCAGCUCCUGGGCAGAAGGUGAGGGUGGGCGGUGGAGGCUUUUUUUUUGCUGCUGGGUUUGAUGGCCCACAGUACUGGGGGACCGCAUCCAGAGGAUGUCAUGUUCCCCUUCCCUCGGGCAUGAGACUAAAUACCCGUACAGCUAGACCAUGAGGCUCCAAGGGGGCUCCAGGCAGCUGUCUUCUGUCUCUGGCAGCAGGCAGUGGCCUUUUCUCUCACGUGGCCCUUUUAUGAAGCCCACCAGCUGGGAGGCCUAGGGUGGGUAUCCCGCGGGGCAGCUAUGUGGCUCUGGACUGCUGGGGACUGGCCUCCAAGGGAGAAUGACUACAGGUUUGAGUGGCUCCACGGGUUUCCUGCCUGAAGCCCACGUGGACAGUAUACUUCUCCUCCCCCACAUACACACUAACCCCCGACAAGGCCAGUACUCGGAGUGGGAGCCACCUGCCUAUCUUUCCCCUGGCCCCACCCAUUUGAAUGUAGAGAUUGGGUGGUACUUUUCCCUCACUGUGGGUUGUUGGGGUGAAGAUGUGCCUCAACGUCUUGUGUGGGCACUCCUUGGUGCCACAGCUGAGCCCCUCUGGGCUGGGUGGUUAUCGUCUGGUAAGAUGGCACUCUCAUUGCCCAGUUCCACCUCCUGCCCACUGGGGAAGGAGCUCAGUGUCAGUGAGGUGGCAUCAAUUUUUGCUUCAUAAGUGGCGGGCCGAACCUGGCCGCCAGGUCUCAGCACAAGACCGCUUCCUUUGCACAAGAAUGAGCUCCGAGCUUUGUUCAGACUACAUGAAUGUAUUGGGAGGAGUCGGGCACAAGCCUUCCCCCCCCUCUGGGGAUUGUGUUCUGGGGAGAGUCAGCAGGUUCAGAGUGUGGGUUUAUUUUUGUACUGAUAUUGGUAAGAGACUGUAUAGCAUCUAUUUAUUUAGAUGAUUUAUCGGGUAGAUGGGGCAGAAAUUAUUAAGAAUACAUUAAAAUGAUUUUUAAAACGUCUA